AUGGCAGCUCUUCUCUCCUCGCCAUUGGCGCCUGUGCCCAAGUUCAACCUCUUCGAACAGCCCAACUCCCCCAGCCGCUACACACACGAUGACCUUCCCGCUGACUUUGACAGGUCUUUCGGCUCGUCCAUGUCCAUCUCGGACUCGCUCGACGGUCACGCUUCGCAAGGCCUCUCUUCGCUACCUCUGCCUCCCCAGCCAUUCCUCUUUGGCGGCAGCCUCGGCCUCGCUCAGAGCCUUGCGUCUGCGAAUCAGCAUCACCACCAGUCCAUCUUUCACGGCAUCGAGCCUUUCAAGCAGCAGCAGCAUUCAUCCCGUCUCAACUCCCUCGGCGCUGCUAUGGGCACUACCCUCAACGCUCGCUCUCCUGGUCUCGCUGCCAAGAUGAGCUCUCCGAGAGAUAUGGACAUCUCUCCGGCACCCGUACCGCCUCGUCUCUCGCAGUACCGCCCUUCCCCUUCCGAGGCGCUCCCCAAGCUCAUGAACAACAUCCACGUCGGUGCACAAAUUGAGGCUGGCCCCAGCAAAGACCGUCUCCACCCUGCUCUCGGAGGCUUCCCUCGUGCAAGACCCGUCGCCGAGCGAAAAUCGUCCCUUCAACUGGCUGACACCAUGUCUUCUCGCCUCUUCGGCGCCGAGAUCGCUUUCAACUCUCAAACCAUUUUUGCGAGGGAUCAGGAGCUGCUCAGUAGCCCAGACAAGGAGCCUCCGCCCAAGCGCAGACCCAAGUCGCUCCCAACGAGACAGAGCGAGGCCAAUGAGCGCAUCUCUCAGCUAUCGUCGGCUCUCAUGGGGGUCACCUCUGCCAGGCCGCGACCCGCACUUUCUGCGACCUUUGCAGAUCGUGAAGCUUGUUUCGGUGCUGCCGCUUCGUCUUCCAAGGCAACAUCGAGCUUCGCCGCACGAAACCGUCUCUCGGACUCAGGCUUGCGCCUCGGAGGACGCUCUAGCGAACACUCCUCUCGUACCGCCUCGAGGGAGUCCUUCUUUGAGGAUGUUGAGAACGAGCUUGGCGCCAGUCAGUCUCGCUCGCAAGACGGCCAUCGAUUGCUAGUAGCUGAGCCCGAGGAAGAGGAUGGGGACACCAGCCUCUCGCCAUCUCCUUCGAUGCAUUCGGCCUCCGGGACCAUGGCCGGCUUGUUCUUUGAUCCUCUGUCCCCCGAAAAGCUCGACAGCAGGCUCGGCAUGGCGGGCACCGAGGCUCCUAGCCUGCUUGCUGCCAUGUCUAGCACCGCUGCUUCGCCCAGCGUUGGCGUCUCCUCUCCACCUGAAUCUUCGCCCUGCACUAGGAUGCCUCCCCCCAAGCGCACCACUUCGUUGGGAGUCCGUGCUUUUGAGCGAGCCAACACCAUGGCCGUUGUGCCCAGAGCCGCUUGCAGAUCUAGUUCCAGCUCCGGCCCCGGCUCCGGCUCGAAUUCAGGAAUCGGUGCGCUUCGCACCAAUCUCGGCAAGCGCGCCAAUCCUUACGUCAAGCGUCCCUCGCUCACCAACGAGCACCCCGCCAUCAAGAGUGCCUAUCCGGUGCUUGGGGUGAACGGCCAGACCAACCGAGUCGUCCGACCCACUGCGCCUGCUCCUCGCCGAUGUGUCUCUGCCUUCGAUCACAGCUCGGUGCUGGGAGGUGGCGCUAGCUCGUCCAAGCCCAGGAUCAGCUCCACCAGCCUCGAUUCGCCCGUCUCGCCUGACCGCCGACGAUCGCAGCUUUCCAGCCCAUGCGACAUGGCAGACGCCAAUGGCUCGCCCAUCGCUCCAUCGAUGCGGGCCCGAACGCAAACCACCUUCCUGCGCCGUGGCAGCAAGGACGAUAGCUCUCCUCUGGCCUACGGCACGGGCCUGAAGCGCAGCGGCUCGCGAAACGGCGAUGCCAUGGCCGACGAAAUCAACUCUCCUGCCAGUGCUGAGAGCCUGCCCGGCUUCGGCGCUUCCGAAAAAGAGGGCAAGGUGCUUCCUUGCUUCAAUGUCAAAGAGGAUGGCCUCAUGAGGAUCACCCCGCAAACUAUGACGGACCUGCUCGCAGGCAAAUUCACCGACGCCAUCAUGGACUUCCAGGUGGUCGACUGCCGAUUCGGCUACGAGUACGAAGGUGGUCACAUCCCCGGCGCCAUCAAUCUCAACACGGUCGAAAAGGUCGUCGGUCACUUUCUUAGCCCAGGCCAAGGCCGUCACUCGAACGGUCAGCAGCUUCCUCAACGAUCGCAGAGCGGCAAAGCCGACAAAUUUGGCAACCGCCGCAAGCACGUUCUCGUCUUCCACUGCGAGUUCAGCUACAAGCGUGCCCCCACCAUGGCCCUGGCGCUGCGACAGGCCGAUCGUGCUCUUGCUCACGACUACCCCAACUGCCACUUUCCCGAGAUCUACAUCCUGCAGGGCGGCUACUGCAAUUUCUUUCAGUCGUACGCCAACCUCUGCGAGCCCGAGCAAUACAUUGCCAUGGACGAUCCCCGCUUCUUGGCGAAGCGAUCGACCGAACUCAAUGGGUUCAGGAAGCAGUUCUCGCGUCACCGCAGUUUCACCUACGGUGAGGGCAAGAGGCAGUCCUUCAGCCGCGUGUCUUCGUCGAAGGCUCCUCUACGCCAAUCGAUCCAGGAGGAGGAGGAUCAGCCGUCGCUGAUGGAGGACUCUCCUUGUCCGGGUGGACUCCCGAAGAUGGUCGUCCAGUCGUACGCUGCUGAGCCCGCGCACAGUCACCGCAAUGGGGCCACGACCGCCUUUGCCGAAGCCGUCUCGAGCUUGCACGGUGGAAGGACGGAUGUAGGUGCCGUGACCCCGUCCGCAGAGGACACCAGCUUCGGCAGCGUCGGCGACUCGUCUUUCGAAGACGGCGUUGGCGACAGCCCUUGUGCAGCCGCCGGCAGCCGCAAGCCCGCUAUGAUCCUCCAACCUCGCAUGGGCUCGCUCGGCAUCGCUCGUCGACCCCUCCUCCGAGCCGGCACAACCGGCAACAUUCUCCCUCGAUACAUGUCCUAG